AGGCUACAGCAUUCUCACAACUCAUCACCCGUCACACACACACAGUGUCUCUUUUUCGAUCUAAAACCAUUAAUUUGCUGUAAGAGAACAGCCCCCCGGACGGUCUCUGCAGUGUCUGCAAUGCUGCCAAGCCUUGAUACCAAUCCGGCUGUGCUGUAAGGCAUCAAGAUACACUCCUCUUAAAUUGAGGGCUCGAUUGAUGUGGAUUUUGAAUUUGUGCGGUCGAAGAAAUCCAUUGAUUAUUGCAAAAUGGAUCAUAAUCACCCUGAUGAUGCUCCUCCACCAUACUCUGCAGUUGACCCUCUGCAAUUGCAGCAACAUGUGGACAAUAAUGGCCAUGAAGGGGCCCAUACCUCUCCUCCACUAGAAACGGGUUUCUCUUCUUUAAACAUUCAAUCUUUAUCACCAACGUUCCCAUCCAUUGCUCCAGCAGAGACAUCGACAAUCUCUACCACAGACUCCGGGCUAUUAUCUGAACAUUCUGCACCCACGCUGGCUACACAAUUCGCGUCGGCAGCGGGUUACUUCACUGAACGAUCCCAGCCUCUCCCAGUCACCGGGGAUAUCAAACGGGAAAUUCUCGUCCACCACAUUACAAUAUACGCCCGCAGUCAUGGCAAGGAUUUCCCUCGCAGGCCGCGUUGCUGGAACGCCCGAGCCAGCGAAAUCAAUCAACAUGACUGGGACAUAUUCCUCAAUUUCUUGUUCCCCUCUCACCUCAAUCCGGCAGCAUCAUCGCAUAGACUUCACCGGCAAUUACGAGCUGAAAUCGAGCGGGAUCGUAAGGAUCGUGCGCAAGAAACGGAUGGUCAGCGAUCUGCUCGUAUCAAUGAAGUGAUUACGGAGUGGAACGAUUACUUCUUUGCAAGUCGCGGAGUCCAUGUUACAUGGAAAUAUGUGGCGGACUUGGAGGAAGGACCGCCCUCUUCUCUGUGUCCGAAUUGUUACCCGCAGGCAACGGAUAUUUCUCGAAAUCGCGGUGGAUUGGCUCGUAACGACUCGAUGAAUGCGCCAAUUCCAGUAUCCACGGAGCAACAAUCCCGCAGCCGAACUAUAAAGCGAAGACCAGUACCACAGAAUAGCUGGGGUUCGGAGUCAUCAUCACAAACCUCUAGUGCUGGGACUGAAAUAUCUCCUGUCACUGUCUCUGGCGGAAUCCUAAGCCAAGGACGAAAUCAGGCUCGAAUGGCUUUUCCCGAGCGUUACCAGUCUUCUGUUCCUUGGAGGUCCAAUCCCAUGUCUUGGGCUGCACAGAUGAGUUCAAUUGCACAACAAUAUGCUGCCAGAAUUAGCAACCAGGCGCAAGAUUACAGUAGAGCGAUUGAAGAGAGUGCCCUGGCACGUUCGCGACAGGUGGAAAUGUACAGCAGGAGAAUGGAAGAUAGUGCAUUGAUACGCGGAAGGCAACUAGAAGCGAUGGCGUUAGCGAAGGGGCAGAUGAUUGAGCAGGCUGGAGAUCGAAUCGCCAAUUGGGCGUCUAACAUGGGGAGACGUGUUGUCAAUCCGCUUCCAGGUCCAUUACCUACAGAUCACUCAUACGAUCAAUCAACAUACGGUUUAACCAAUGGCAACCUCAAUAACAGACAACGGCCGCGAUCUCGGCGCCAAUCUACAGCUUCUGAUACAUCGAUAUCGUCCAUAUCGUCUAUUGAUACUGUCUCGUCGGUCUCUGACUUGGAACCAGAUGAUCUGACUUCCAUCCGAUCCCAAUUAUCAACUCUAGAUGAUUACCACCAUCAUGAACUAUACGACGCCGCGGUAUCCCUCCGCAGUCAACUCGAAGCCAUGAAAAAGUCUCGAUGCACCCGUCGAAUCAGAUCGUAUCAUUCCCGAUGGGAAACUCCCGAAGAAGCUGCUAACAGGGAGAACCGCCGACAGACUAUGAAAAGAGAGUCCAAACUUCUACGAGAAAAGUUCCACGAAGUAGAGCGUCGCGCAAAACGAGAAGUCCGCGAUAUGCAGAAAGCCAGAAGGGAGACGAAGGAGAGGGAGUGGCAGGAACGAUUGCGAGCAGGUAGUUUAUUGAUGUCUAUGCAAUCAUCGCAAUCGCUGUCUCGGCAAUCACGCGGAUUUCCUGAGAAUACGGAAAUGUACAAGGAUGCGCAAAUGCAGGCUCCGUCAGCGUCAAUGAAUCGCACCAUCAGCGAACCUAUUCAUCAAGUCGCUGGUGAAAGUAGUAACAUCCCACCACCAUCCCCGUCAAUAAUAUCUUCUCAAUCAACCGCAUCAAUUACACCAGCAACACCCAUAGACCCGCACGAAGCAGCAAAGGCAUGGACCGAAGCCCAGCGCCAGCGUGUAAAAGAAAUCCAAAAGGCAAACAAAGAGCGGAUCAAAGAGAUCGAGAAAUCGUACAAGGAGCGAGAGAAACAGCAACGAAAAGCGAUGAAAGUGUUGGCUAAACGGAAAACUACUACGACACCGACAACGCCGUUUACGAUACUUCAUUCUUCAUCGUCGGCGAGUCUGGAGACGGGGACUAUUGAGGGAAGUGCUAUGAGGCAUGCUGUUAAUGAUGUUGCGGUGCAGGGACAGGGGAGUAGCACUUCAAGUAGAGGGAAUCGGAGUUGGAUGGAACUUCGAUUCAGCAAAUGGAUAACUGAAGGCAUGUCUGGUUUCCUGGUCGUUUGGAAUGUUGUCCAGGAGCCAAUUUUAGCGAAAUAUAAGUGA